UGUAGUGUACAUACUAGAGAGAGAGAGAGACGUCUGUAGAGUACUGCUCUGUCGUUAUUGUUACGUUGCUGAAUGUCAUUAAGAACAUCAAAAUUACACAUUUCGCCAAACCAAAUGGAUUUGCUGCCUGACGUGUGGAAAGAGGACUACUGGCUUCCUCCAGGCGUGACCUGGCAGGAUAUGAACCGGCUGGCCGACUCCGAGCGACCUCUACCUGGAGACCUCCUCAUGGCGCUGCCCCUGGCUCUGGGCUUUGUGCUCCUGCGUUACGUCUUCGAGAGGUUCCUCGCCCCGCCCAUGGGCACAUGUCUCGGGGUUAGCAACAGAGCACAGGCGGCGGCGGAGCCCUGCCCAGAGCUGGAGUCGUUUUACGCGCAACAAAGCCGGCGACCCACACAGAGUGAUGUUGUCCAUUUAAUGUUCCUGUGCAGCCGAAGCCAGAGGCAAGUCGAGCGCUGGUUCCGACUUCGCAGGCACCAGGACAGGCCGUGUCUGACCAGGAAGUUUGCGGAGGCUGCUUGGAGAUUCUUUUUCUACAUCACAGCCUUCAUUGCUGGGCUGGUCUGCUUGGUUAAUACACCUUGGUUCUGGGACCUCAGGGAAUGUUGGCGACAAUAUCCAGUUCAGCCCAUGAAGCGAGAACAUUACUGGUACUACAUGCUGGAGCUGGGCUUUUACGGCUCCCUGCUGCUCCGUAUCUCUGCAGACAUCAAGAGGAAGGACUUUAAAGAACAAGUGCUCCACCACCUGGCCACCAUCUUCCUGCUGAGUUUCUCCUAUUGUGCCAACUACAUCCGCAUCGGCACCUUGGUCAUGCUUCUUCACGACUCCUCUGAUAUCCUCCUCGAGUCUGCCAAAAUGUUUAACUACGGCUCAGGAUGGAGGAAGGUCUGCGACACUUUGUUUGUGAUCUUUACCGCCGUCUUCUUUUUGACCCGAUUGGUGAUUUUCCCCAGCAAGAUCAUCCACACCACCCUGGUGCUGUCCAUGGAGAGCUUCCAACCCUUUGCUGGAUAUUACUGCUUCAACGCGCUCCUAAUGGUGCUGCAAGGUCUCCAUGUCUUCUGGGCCGCGUUAAUCUUACGCAUGGUGCAUAAAUUCCUGAAAGGAAAGCUGGACAAAGACGAACGCAGCGAUGAAGACACCGACUUCGAGGAGGAUAAGGAAGACGACUAUUGCCAGAAGACGAGUGCAGACGGUCAGAAGUACAAACGACCGCCGCUCAGUAACAGUUGUGUCCUGAACAGUCUGACCAACCACAGAGUCUCGGUUGUCCACAGACUGCGUAACACUCAGUAGACUUCAUUCUUUUUUUUAAAACACAGCUGUAAAACAACAACAGUGUGAGUAGCAAAGCACAUGAAAAUACUUAGUUUGUUAUUUAUUUACUGUAGUUUGUAUGCCAGAACUAAUACUUGCAUGAUUUAGAAGUUUAAUGGUGGAAAUAGCCAUUUUUGGUCUAUUUGUGACAUUCAGGUCUUUUUAAACCAUAAACUACUGUUGCGUCGACCAGCUCUUCCACCCAGGGAAUCUUAGUUACUGGUCAAUCCCAAGUUCUUUCGAUGACAUAUGCUGAGUAAGAAGGACCAUCAAGACAGAAUAGGAAUAUUAUCAAGUUUUACUGAAAUUUCAGGAGAUCAGCUUAACCAAUACAUUCAUAUCAGCUACUCUAGUUGAUCUGACAUUCGAACGGAAGAGCCAACUUCUUGCACACAAAGAAAGCCCCCACCUCUCCCUCUUGCAAUACUGAAAAGGAAAGAAGUGGGGGAUGUAUUCACAUUCCAAUGGUUAAGACACUAAACAGACCUCUGAAGACAAAGAGAAACUGGUAGAAUAUACAAAGGAAAAGUACUAGCUGCUCUAAACAUGGCUAUGAAUAAAGAAAGAACUCAUAUAUGCAUUCUCCACACUACACACAAUACAUCUGCUCAGUACAAUGAGACCUCAAAUAAAAGACGUUUGAAUAAA